AUGCCCCCGCCUACAAGCGCCAGCGGCGCCACAGUCGCUGCGGUCUCCGUUACAACGACGCGCCUUUUAAUCACCUACCACCCACACGACCUGCCGCCCGGCGGCGAUCCGCUCGUAGUGAGCAGCCCAGCGCCUCUUUAUAAGUACACUCGAUACGAGCCGGCAGGGCUCUCCUUCCACGAAGCUGCGAAGCGAUUGGCGGGAUUCCACGCGGCGGGGGAGGAAGAUGCGGAGGAGGCGGACGAGGGGAAGGGCGAGAAGGUGAAGGACUCAGUCGAUUCGUCGGCGUGGGAAAGUUCGCGGAAGAAGAAGAAGGGGAAGGAUGGGAAGGACGCGGAGAAGCAGGAGCAGGACCACUACGCUCUGCUGGGCAUGGCGCACCUGCGUUUCUUGGCUACAGAAGACCAGCUUAAGAAGGCGUACCGAGAUGCGGCACUCCGCUUCCACCCGGACAAGCAGGCUGCAAUGCUGCUGGAGGAGCAAACAGACGAGGCGCGGGCAGCCAAAAAGGAAGAGAUCGAGACCAAGUUCAAAGCGAUCCAGCUGGCCUACGAGGUCCUAUCAGACCCGGCCAAGCGCCGAGUGUACGACUCUACAGAUGAAUUUGACGAUGAUAUUCCGGGUGAUUGCUCCCCCGAGAAUUUCUUUAAGAUUUUCGGCCCGGCUUUCCAGCGGAAUGCCAAGUGGUCGGUGAUUAGCCCGACCGAGGUUCCUAGUUUAGGGGACGAGAACACGCCGGUUGCCGAGGUGGAUAAGUUUUAUGAUUUCUGGUGGGCGUUUAAGAGCUGGAGGGAGUUCCCUAACGAGGAUGAUUAUGACGUGGAGAGUGCGGAGAAUCGGGAGCAUCGGAGGUGGAUGGAGCGGCAGAAUGCGAAGCUUAGGGAGAAAGCGAAGAAGGAGGAGAGUGCGAGGAUAAGGCAGUUGGCGGAGAAUGCUUAUAAGCAAGACCCGCGGAUUCUGAGGAGGAAGGAGGAGGAGAAAAUGGCAAAGCAGCGGAAGAAGGAGGAGAAGCAGCGGGAGAGGCAGGCGAAGGAGGAUGAGGGGAAGAGGAAGGUGGAGGAGGAGAGGAAGAGAAAGGAGGAGGAGGAGAAGCGGGCGGCGGAGGAGGCAGCAGUGGUUAAGAAGCAGAGGGAGAAGGACAAGAAGGCAGCGAGGAAAGAGCGGGCGAGGCUGAGAGCGGCGACAACGGAUUGCCUUGAAGCCGCGCCUGCGGUAACCAGUAAGCAAAGAAAACAGCAGCAGCAGGAGAAGCAGAAGGGAGAGGAGUGGGAGACGCCGAUAACAGAAGAGGAGUUGGAGAGUCUAGGGCAGGGUCUGGAGUUGGAGAAGCUGCGAGUGCUCUGCGAAAAGCUAGAAUCCUUGUCCGCUUCUACCGCCUCUGCUGACGCUGCAGCAGUGAAGCGGAAAACCCUCCGACUGUUCUCCACAGCUCUGAAAGUCAACCGGUGGGACGGGCACAGUCCGGACUUUGAGUACCAGCAAAUCCCCAUGGUUCUCUCCGAAGCUGCGGCAGCGGCGGCAGCGGCAGCAGCAGCGGAGCGAGAAGCGGAGGCAGAGAAAGAGAGAGAGGCGAGAAGGGCGGCAGGGGGGAGUGGGAAGCCGUGGACGAGGGAAGAGAUAGAGCUGCUGAGGAAGGCGGUGGGGAAGUUUCCCAAGGGCACGGGGCAGCGGUGGGAGGUGAUAGGGGCGUAUCUGGGCACGGGGCGGUCGGCAGAGGAGGUGGUGCGGGCCACCAAGACGGUGCUGCUGCAGAAGCCGGAUGACACCAAGGCGUUUGACAGCUUCCUGCAGUGGCAGCGGUGGGAGGUGAUAGGAGAGUAUUUAGGCACGGGGCGGUCGGCAGAGGAGGUGGUGCGGGCCACCAAGACGGUGCUGCUGCAGAAGCCGGACGACACCAAGGCGUUUGACAGCUUCCUGCAGUCCUCCCACUCCCACCCCUUCUUCCCCAAGCAGCGUCGCAAGAACCCCAAGGACAUUGCGUCGCCUCUCUCCACACGUGAGGAGCUUGAUGCUGCCGCUGCGGCUCCUGCUGCUGCCGCUGGUGCUGCUGCUGCUGGUGCUGCCACCCCUGCAGUUCCCGCCUCGGCGAAUUCACCAGCUAAAGCAGCAGGAGCAGGAGGAGCAGCAGCAGCAUCAGGAGCAGCACCAGCAGCAACACCAGCAGCAGGAGCAGGGAAACAAGCAGGGGCAAAAGCAGCAGCAGCAGCGCCAGUGGCGAAUGGAGUGGGGGCAGCAGGCAAAGGGGCCAGUACCGGGACAAAGGACGCGCAGGAGGGGGAAUCAGCAGGUGCUGCAAAUGGCGUGGCUGCUGGGGCAGGUGCUGCUAGUGCGGGUGCAUCUGGUGCAGCAGGUGCUGGGGCAGAAGGGGCAGUGGAUGUGUGGGGCGAGGCUCAGGAGGUGGCGCUGGUGAAGGCACUCAAAGCCUUCCCCAAGGACACUGAUAAACGUAUUCUCGUCUCCCUUUCUCUCCCUUCCAUCCUCCUCCUUCCCCCUUCGCCCUUUCAUUUCUGCCCCUCAUGCCCGCAUCCAUGCGUCUCAUGCCUGUCCACACCCCUCGUGUUCCUCACACCCCUCGUGUUCCUCACACCCCUCGUGUUCCUCACACCCCUCGUGUUCCUCACACCCCUCGUGUUCCUCACACCCCUCGUGUUCCUCACACCCCUCGUGUUCCUCACACCCCUCGUGUUCCUCACACCCCUCGUGUUCCUCACACCCCGUGUGGGACCGCAUAGCAGCAGCGGUGCCAGGCAAGAGCAAGGCGCAGUGCUUCAAGAAAUUCAGCACCAUGGAUCGGCGUGGCUAUCCGCCCGGUCCGUCCGGUUGGGACCCAAAUUCAGCCAACCCACCACCCAUGGAUCAGCGAUAUAA